CCCUGCUGUCACUCUGUGUCUGCUAUUAGCAAACACCAUGGCGGAGCAUGAACCCACACCGGAGGAGCUGGCAGCCAUCGCUGCGGCCAACGAAGAGUGCGAUUCUUCCGUCAACUACAAACCUCCGGCCCAGAAGAGCUUACAGGAGAUCCAGGAGCUGGACAAAGACGACGAGAGCCUCCGCAAGUACAAGGAGGCGCUGCUGGGUAGCACUAAAGCAGUCGCAGAUCCAACCGCCCCGAACGUUCAGGUGACGAAAAUGACCCUGUUGUGCGAGGCGGCGCCGAGCCCCCUAGUCCUCGACCUGACGGGAGACCUGGACGGCUUCAAGAAGAAACCAUUUGUGCUGAAGGAGGGAGUCGAGUACAAAAUCCAAAUCACCUUCAAGGUUAACAAGGACAUCGUGUCCGGCCUGAAGUACAACCAGCAGACGUUCAGGAAAGGUGUGAAGGUGGACAAGUCGGAUUACAUGGUGGGCAGCUACGGCCCCAGACCAGACGAGGCGUACGAGUUCCUCACCACCAUGGAGGAGGCGCCCAAAGGCAUGCUGGCCCGCGGCACCUACAACAUCAAGUCCAAGUUCACUGAUGACGACAAACACGACCAUCUCUCCUGGGAGUGGUGCCUCACUAUCAAGAAAGACUGGAAAGACUAAGCCCCACCCACCAUCGGCACUCCUCCAUCAGCGUCUUCCUCUUCUUGGUCCCUCCUUCUCUCUCUCUCUCUCUCCCUCUCGCCCUCUCUCUCUCUCUCUCUCCUGCUGUCAUCCCAUUGUUUCUUUUCUGUCCGGAGCCACUUCUGGAUUAUGUUUUGAUUCAAGCUUUUUGCUCUCUCCGUCCAGCCCCCCCCUCCCCUCCCCUCCCCUCCCCUCCUCUUCUCCUCCUCUAGUUUCAUUUGAAUUUCAAUCACUUCAUCAUUCCCGGCCAUCGUUAACGCUUCUUGUGUUUGCAGCCGCCCUUCUGUUAAGUAUUACAUCUUUAAAACGGAGAAAGCAAACAUCAUGCACAAUCCGCAUUUUUGUUUCAAUUAUUUUUUUGUUUGUUCAUAAAAGAAAAACAAGGAAAAAAAAAAAAUCUGUUAAUUGCUCUCGAGAAAAGUAAUGACAUUUUGAGAGUUCUUUGCUGCUUUUUCCUUCUCCCUCUUUUUCUUUUCAUCCUUCUCUACAUUUCAGAUGCUUUUGUAUGAUUACCGUGAUUUGCCUUUUUUGGAAGCAUUGUACUGGGAGCAGUGGAGCUGUUUGUACUGUAUGUGGCCACUGUGCGCUCGUUGAGCAAUCGAUGCUGGAGACGACUCUUGGACGCAGCCCUCCUUAAGCCUUUGAGCAGAUUAUUUGCACCAGAGUCUUUGGUAAAUUAUUUGGAAUUAAGGCCACCUCUUUAAAGGGCCCCUAUGGAGUCUGCAGAGAGGACUGAGGGGGGCGGGACAAAAUUACCUCUGACCUCUUGUAACCCCCCCCCCCUCGAUUUGUGUUGCUCCUCUUUGGAUCAGGGUGUUUUUAUCGCAGCCACGUGGCCUUAUAGAAAUAAUCAAACAGAAAUAAAUAACCAAGUUGAGCAAGUUGCCUUCUGAUUACAUUUUCCAGACCAUCACGUGAGCCUGUUUUUAUAACCAUACUUUGUAAUACAUGGACAGGGCGUCAGGACUAAGGAGUUUAACACCUUUAUUUCAGGUCUUAUUUGUAAAGGAUUCAUAACUACAAGUACGUGUAGUCUCCUUUAUAUUAGCAUCUUUCUUUAGAGCUACAUCUGUAAAUAAAAGUCCAGGUCGUAUUAAUGUCCCUCCAGCACCUGAGGACAUAUUCCCAUCCUCCUCAGGGACUCUCCUCGUGUAAAAUAACCAACGCUCACCGUGCCUCGGGUCUCUUAACAACCACAUAGUGCUCAACAUCAGCGAGGUGAAAUGUCGUCUGUCAUUGACUUCCUGAACCAGUAUCGAGACAUCAGGCCCGCAGCAGACAUCCUGCCAUUUAAAAAAAAAAAAAAGUAUUGUUUUUUUUUUUAUCAUACACUGUAUGUGAAUGGAGUCCAGCAGCUUCAUUUGGGAUGUUUCUCUGUAUGCUACCUGUGCUACCUGCAGUGUACUGAUCUCCUGUGUUCACAUUAAAGUGUCUAGACUCGGA